UUGGACGGUCCUUCCCCUUUCAACCACCCCCGCGAAACUUAAGUUUUCUAUGCCUUGUCCUUUUUUAUUUUGUGCUAAUUUCUGUUAGACGAGCUUAUGGCUGCCAGACAGCUGCAGGAAGUUACUCGGAAGACGGUGGAAGCCCAGGCAAGAGAAGAGGUUGCCACGCUGACAGGGCUAGUGGAGGAUAGGGAGAGCAGAAUUGCAGAGCUGCAGGAGGAGGUGGGGAGAUGCUGCGGGCUGCUGGAAGAGGAGAAGAGGAGAAACGAAAGACUGACCGAUGUGCUGGGAGUGCUCGAGAGCCAAGUGGCAAUUGUCAAAGGGAGAGAGGAGACGCACAUGGCAGCACUUGAAAGGCUUGUUAAGGAUGUGCAAGAGAAGAAUCGGAUGCUGAUGCGACAUGCAGAAGAGUCCGCAAGGGAGAUGCGGGAGCAGAGGGAGGUGUAUACGCAGCUGGAGAGGGAGAUGCAGCGGAGCCGGGAGAGGGCUAGGAACGUGGAGGAGUUUGAUCAGGGUGCACAGACAAGGCGAGGCGAAGGACAGAGAAAUGGCGAGGCAGAAGGUGGAGAUUGCCGAACUCAAUCACGAGCUUGCGGACGAGGUGUAAUGGAACCCGACACGAUGGGGCCACAACCGACCAUGGGCGAAGCGGGAGAGGAGUAUAAGACAUCGUCCGCCCGAGCUCUGAGAGAACUGAAGGAACGAAUUACGCAAGAAGCGCCGCUGAGAUGGGCUGACCAAACCAAUGACGGAGGGUCCGACGCGGCGCACUACUUGUGGCCGCCUGACACCGUGGCUGAGGAAGUGAAGGAGAUACGGGACAUGGUGAAGGGAUUAACGAGACAGGUUACAGAGAUUGUGACCGCCACAGGGAUCACGGCCUACCGGGACAAACCUGGAGGACCCUAUUCACUUCGCUGGGACCAUGGGAACAACGAUCCCUGGAGGAGUGUCGAGGAUAGAAAUCCUCGGACGCUGACUGAUUAUCGUACGAGGGGAAGAGAAAGAGACGAUGAGCCAUGGCGACGUAGGGAUGAUGAGAUAGACCGAGACCGCAGAGAUCGCGAGCCGUUUGUGCGAGCAAGGAGGCUGGAUGAUUACCCACGAUGCCCUUGCUAUGAGGCCGAUCGGGGUAGAAGCGACUCCCGCAGCCGACGGGAGACAGAACAGGGCCGACGAGAUGAAUAUAGGGACGACAGAUACGAGAGGUCGGGUCGAGAUGGCUACAGAGGAAGCAGAUAUGAGAGAAGAGAUCGGGACUGGGAACGACGAGAUGAGUCGCGCGAACGGUUUGAGCGCGGGGGAGAUGCGAGAGAGCACCGCGACGAGUCGCGGGGGUGGUACAACCGAGGGGACCGACGCGAUGAGUCACGAGGACGAUACGACUCGGGGGACCGCCGGAAUGAUUCGCGAGGGCGGUAUCAGCAAGGAGGGUUUGGAGGAGACCGGCACAACGAUCCGCGCGGUCGAAAUGAAAGAGGGGGAUAUGGUGUCUCAUCAGAACCAUAUCCAGAGUCGCCUGACCCCAACGCGGCCAAGAAUUCGAUGUCUAGAGGCGCAGACGACAGGGCGUCUACUCCUAGGAACUCAUGCGUCUACUGUAGAGGAGAAGAUCAUAUCAAGAGGGAUUGCCCGGAUCUUAAACGGUCAAUAGAAGAGGGGCUUGUCGUGCUUGACGACCGCAAGUACGUCAAGUGGGCAGAUGAUCUCGGAGAUGUAUCGAUGUUCCCUUCGAUGAAGGAGAAUGUCGAAGCAAGGAGAAUAAAGACGAGUAAAGGAAUGGAGCCGGUCAGGAGCCAGAGCAUCAAGAUAACCUUUGAGGGGGACAUCGCGACCACACCCAUAAGGGACGGGCAGCGGGUCGAUGGAGAGGAGGUUACCCUUUCGCCGCGAAAGCGGGGAGACAAGUUCUUAAUGAAGAGUUCGCUGGACGAGAUUGACACGGUCGAGCCACUGAGGCGGGCCCUUCGGCAACCCAUGCAGUGCUCUAUUCUGGAGUACCUGGCGGCAUCGAAGCCGACUCGUGAUGAGUUACAGAUGAUCACGCGGAAGACUCGCAUACCUCUAUCGGAGGAGGGUCACGCCUCAAAGGCGGAAGCUUCUACAGUAACAGUACCGGGGGUGACUGCCAGAGCGGAUCGCAUGGCGACAGUCCUUCUCGAUGGAAUGGAAGGUGUGCCUCCAGACAAGUUUUAUAUACUUGGUAGCGGGGCCGUGGAGACGAUUAUAAACGAGGAAGCGGUACUCGAUGCUGUGAUUGAUAACGGCAGUGAGGCUGUCAUCAUAGACRAGGACCUGGCGGUACAAGUUGGACUGCGCCUCGAUAGGUCAUACCUAUUCGAGAUAGAGACGGCUGAUGGAAGAAAGCAACAGAUCACUGGGGUUUGUGUCAUAGAGGUCCAAGGGGUGCGAGUGACCCUGCCUGUCUUUGCAGUCGAGAACUGCAGCUCCGACCUGCUCUUGGGUCAAACGUGGCUCAGCCACGUGCAUGCGGUGACGAUAGAGCGACCUGAUGGGAGCCAAACAUUGUCCAUUAAGAAGCCAGACGGGACGCGGGUAAUGAUUGAGACAGUGGAGCCUCGGGACCCGAGGAACAGAGCAGCUCUUGCUGUGGGUGCAAGACCCAGUGAUCAGAUUAAGUCGUUGCCUAUCUCCAGCCACGCGGUGCGAUUUCCCGAGAAGAGAUAUGGACCACUGCUCACAGAGGAAGAAGGUAGGAUGGUGGAGGUAGAAGACUUAGGGAGUCGGCUAAUAGUGGACGGCAACUCGUACCCGAAGGAAAAAGAUGAGGAAUUUGGUGGUGUGGUAUUCGUGUCUUUUUUAAGGGCACGGCCCCCUAUGGGGGGCUACCCAAGCGACACAAGCGAGUAGCUCAAAAAGUUAAGCCAGCGGCGGUGGGCCGCGAGCGAUCGGCUCUGGAAGG